CAUUUGCUUGUUAAAGGUUUCUUGUCCCUGGAGAUUCCUGGAGCACCUGGCAAUGCAGGAAUGAAGGACCAGGUGCUGGCUCUGCAAUGGGUCCAGAGAGAGAUCCAACAGUUCGGAGGUAACAAAGGAAAUGUCACUCUGUUCGGAGAGAGUGCUGGGUCAGCAGCCGUUCACCUUCAAUACCUCUCCCCUCUGUCUACAGGACUGUUCCAUCGGGUGAUUGGAGAAAGUGGUACUGCCCUGACGAGCUGGUCUGUGAGGAGCAAUGCAGCAAUCUAUGGGUUACAGCUGGCUGCAGCACUCAACUGCAGUACUGCAGAUUCUGUUAAGGCACUCAAGUGCCUGACUACAGCUGAUGUCCAAGAGAUAGUGGUCGCUCAACAACGUCUAAAUCAAACAGAAGAGGACAAGAAAAAUGGACUGAGUUUAAUUUUUAUUCCUUCGAUUGACAAAACCAGCAAGAAACCUUUUCUUCCAUACCACCCCAAAAAGCUGCUGGAGGAGGGAGAAGGAUCUUUUGUGCCCUUUAUCAUGGGAAUCAAUAGCGAUGAGGGGAUGAUGACGUUGGGAAUUACCAAAGAUGAAGAGCGAAUAAAAAACAUCACCAAUAACUUAGAAAGGUUCAUCCCACCGGAAGUGAGAAAUCAAAGCACAGAGUCAAGACUGGCAUUUCUUGUAAAGAAGAUAAAAUGGUUUUAUUUCCAGGACACAGUACCUUCGGCUUCCAACUUGAGAGGUUAUGUUGAUUUGAACACUGAUGUUCUUUUUGGCUAUUCCACUGCGGUGAGCGCUCGGGCUUUCAGGGACAGAGCUGAUGUUUACUUAUACUUCUUUGCAUUCAAUGGCACAUUCAAGGAAAGGGUCACAGAAAUUGUCAUGAAAACAUACAACUUUUCAGGGGUGAGUCAUGCUGAGGAGUUAAGCUACUUGUUUGUGCGCCAGAAAGUGAACCAGACAGCGACAGAGGAUUCAGCAGAAAUGAAAACUUGGAAACAAAUGGCCAAACUGUGGACCAACUUUGCAAAAUACGGGACACCGACUGUGGGAACAGACCCAGAGCUAGAUUCUGUAGCCUGGUCCCCUGUCGGGAAUGUGACGACACGCUACCUCCGGAUAGACGGAAACUUGACGAUGAUUUCCAACGACUACUUGGGAUCCCGAGUGGCCCUAUGGGACAGUAUCACACCCUCUCGCUCUGGUUACCUGCAGGCCACAGCUGUUCUGAUUAUUCUGCUGACCACAAUUAUCCUGUACCUCACUAAGUAGAUGUAUCUUUCAUCUUGCACCUAUCUAUUAUGCACAUUAUAGUCAAUGUUUUGCUGUCUGUGGACAUCAAGCAGACAAUCCAGCUGUCAAAAAAAGACCCAGGAUUUCUCUGAGGUACCGUAUUCACAGAAAUAUAACUCUAUAAUUCAAUAAAUAAAUCUGAUUGAACUAGAUUGAAUCUGAUAUUUACUAAAUUAUACAAUGUUGUGUAUUAAGAGAAAAAUCCAUCUGACCAGUUAAGUGAAAGUAAAUUUUUUAGCUUUUAAUACUGCACAAUGUAAACUUUUGGUGAUCAGAUUGUAUGGUAUCUGUGAAAUAUAUCAAAGUAAGGU